CAUCUUUCAGUGCCUUUGCUAUAGCUAGACGUCAAAUCCAUUUUGAAAAAGAGGGUUGCAGCGAUCUGCGCUGUCAACAGCAGCCAAUGAGUUCAUUUAUUAGCCUAGAAAGGGUUAAACUCAUAAUCUCAUAACCCCGCUGCUGUGCUAAUAAUGCUAAUGCUAAUAAUUUGAAUCACUGGUUUUUGCUAACCUAAUGUAACCAUGGCAACUACCGUGACAUCAUAUAUUAUGUCUGCACACGUUCAGCUUGUUUUAUUUCGGACACCCAAUGGAAGGCAGCUAUUGGUUCCUGCUGUAACCAUGGUGACCAGAGUGACGUCAUUUGCUAUGUGCACUGUAGUCAAAAUUGCACAUAAUUUCUCACAUGAGUAGUGAUCAUCAUUUUGGCAAAUUGAUUACGUAUUUUGUGCAAUUUUUGUUGUGCAUGCGUGCUUGUAACCUUGUGAAAUGUCAUACAAGAGGAUGUAGAAUAUUGGUCACUUGGAAACAAUGGCAGAAUUCCUCACUAGGUCUCACACAAACACACUGUCUAUUGUUCUUGUGUCCUCUCCUGGUCUUAUGAGCAAAGGAAUGACAUUUGUGGGAAGCUCGUGACUGCAGGUGAGAGGCACCAGCGUCAGUGGGAGCGAUGCGAUUGGUCGCCAGGAAGCAGAGGGCGGGGGCCUCGGUUCCAGUGAGGGCAUGUCAGAGGAAUUUCUAAGGAGUGUUUGCGAGGGAAUCAUCCGGAGAACUUGGCCUGUUCUGUUUGGGAAUUCGCAAUGGAGGAAGAGGAGGCGGAAACAGAGCGAGGGACCCCUGUGGAGACCCCCCACAGCAGUGAGAGCGAUAGCGACAGUGUCAAUGAAGAGACGUGCCUGGAGGCCAUGACGGCCGAUGGCCAGGAUCACUACCUGAGGCUGGGCCAGACCCCGCGACGUCGCUCGGCCCUCCGCCUCUCACGCAUCAUUGCUCGAAAACAGCUGCUUCGGAGGCUGGAGCAAGAGCUGGAGGCCAAGGAGGCGUGCGAUUGGCUGAGAGCUGCUGGAUUCCCUCAAUAUGCACAGCUCUAUGAAGAAUCUCAGUUUCCCAUCGAUAUUUCCUCGGUGAAAAGGGACCAUGACUUCUUGGAUGGAGACCUGGUGGAACCUUUGUCCAGGCGUCUCAACACAUUGAACAAGUGUGCCUCCAUGAAAUUAGACGUCGGCCACCCCAAAAAGAAAGGUGAUGACUCCGAUGAAGAUGACCCAAUGGCCAUCAGCAAGCGUUGGACAUUCGAAUGGAGUAGCCGGCGCUGGUCCCGCCUUCAGGACUUCCUGUCAGACGGCGCCCCCCAUGGGAGAGCCGAGAUCCUGUGUAGCGCGGCGAGCAGCGAGAGCGCUCUGAGUGAGCUGAGCGAGCAAGAACUGGUGGAGAUCUCCUCACUGCACAGUGAGGACUCUGCUUCCACGUCGGCAGACAUCAUGUCAGUGGCGUCCCUGUCGGCUUCCUACCGUUCGCCGCCCCACGACCUCCCACACUACAAUUCCUUGCCAGUCAAGGGUGGCCGCCACAGAGGCCGCAGCAAAGCAAAGGAGUUCCUGCGGCGUAUGGAGCUGAUGCGGACUUGGGGGCCUUCCACCAUGCGCAAAAGCUCAAAGCGCAGACCCCCAAUGGUCAUCAGCGGACCCGUGCUUCAAGGGGAGGAACCCUUGGCCCUGCAGGUUCUGCAAUGUACCCCCAUCAGCCAGUUGGAGCAAAACCUGGCUAGGGAUGAGGGCGAAACGUCGUCUGUCAAGCUUGGUGACAACUGUGGGGACAACUGUAGUGACAACUGUGGUGACGACUCUGGAGAGCUCUCCAUGAUGAACGUUAGCCCUAUUCUUGAUCCGAAUCCAACGCCACCGCGAGCACGAACAGCCAGCAAGCGAAGCAGUAAGUACCUAGAGGACAUAGAGCUCCCCUUACCGGGCAAGAGGCCCGAUGGACAGAGGAAUCAGUUCUACUCGCACGAAAAUCUCCUCAUCCACAUCCCUAAAGACCACAAACCAGGCACCUUCCCGAAAGCAUUGUCAAUCGAAAGUCUAACACCUGGGAGAAACUCUGCCGACUCACCUGUCUCUCAACCGUCGCGAAGCAAGAAUCUAGACAACAUCUGGUCUGACUGUCAACUGUCCAAGUCCCCCUGCCCAAAAGCUCCAAGGGGCAGCAGAGUGAGCGUGUACGACAAUGUCCCUGGCUCCCACCUGUAUGCCAGCACCGGGGACCUCCUGGAUCUGGAGAAGGAGGACAACCUGUUCCCGCACUUGGACGACAUCAUCCAGCACGUCAGCGGCCUGCAGCAGAUCGUGGACCACUGGAGCCGCGGUGUACUGGCAGACGAUGAGGAUGUUGAAAACGUCCAGGGCAGGACCACGCCCGUCUCGCUGAAUGACACUGACUCCAUUGGGACCGGUCGUGACAGAAGGGAUUCUGGCGUUGGGGCCUCCUUGACAAGACCGCGUGUGCGCUGGCCCAGUUUCAGAACAUCUGACAAUCUCAACCAUCCCUGUUCAUCGCUGCACAUAAGCAGCCAGUCGGCCGCUCAGCUCAGUCUGCUGCACAAAUUUUCCUUGCUGCGCCUCACCGCCAUCAUGGAGAAGUACUCCAUGUCUAACAAGCACGGCUGGACCUGGUCUGUGCCCAAGUUUAUGAAGCGCAUAAAGUCUCCAGACCCUAAAGACAAGAACGUGUUUGGGGUCCCACUCAUCGUACACGUACGACGUUGUGGCUUCCCGCUACCCCUUUGCCUCCAGCAGGCCCUUGCCCACCUAACACGCCACUGUUUAGACCAGGUUGGCCUGUUCCGCAAAUCUGGUGUUAAGUCUCGCAUCCAAGCUCUGCGUCAUCAGUGCGACUCCUCGCCUGACUCUGUGGACUACGAGCAGCAGUCUGCUUACGAUGUGGCCGACAUGCUCAAGCAGUUCUUCCGGGACCUUCCGGAACCUUUGCUAAGCAACAAACUCGGAGAAACUUUCCUGCACAUUUAUCAGUAUGUACCCAAGGAGCAGCGUUUACAGGCAGUGCGGGCGGCCAUUUUGUUGAUGGCGGACGAGAAUCGCCAGGCGCUGCAGACACUCCUUUACUUUUUGCGUGAUGUGACAGCACAGGUGGAUGAAAACCAGAUGACUGCCAACAACUUGGCUGUAUGCCUGGCGCCAUCCCUCUUCCACCUCAGCCUGACCAAGAGUGAUACGCUCUCUCCACGGUCCAUCCAAAGGAAAUACGCCAGUGGCCGACCAGACCAGAAGGACCUGAAUGAGAACAUGGCUGCCACUCAAGGGCUAGCUCACAUGAUCAGCGAGUGUCACCGCCUCUUUCAGAUCCCAGACGAGAUGGUGACCCAGUCCCGCAACUCCUACUUGGAGGCUGAGAUUGUGGCGCCGCCGCUGGACGAGCUGGGUAAAGCCCACCUGCAGGACAUGGACGAGGGCGAGGAGGAAGAGGACGAUGACGAGGAGAUGGAGGAAGGAUCUUAUCACGCUCAUGUGGAGAAGCUAAUCCACAACCUUUUGAAGGAGACCAAAGACAAGAGCAAAGCAUGGAUAUGUCGACCAGCAGGAGAACUCACAGAACUGGCCUUCAAAAAGGUGGGUGACGGUAACCCUCUUCGGCGGUGGCGUGUCAGCACAGAGGUGGCCGCCACUCCCAAUGAGGUUUUGCAUCGUUUGUUACGAGAGCGUUCCCUCUGGCAAAUGGAACUACAACAGGAGAAGGUUGUGGAAACGUUGAACAAGCAAACGGAUGUAUACCGGUACACCUGUCACAAUAUGUCGCCACAGCCCCGCACGGACUACGUGAUUCUCAGGUCCUGGCGUUCGAACGACAUUAAAGGCUGGAUUGCUUUGGUGUGUGUGUCUGUGGAUCAUGACGACUGCCCGCGUACGGCAGCGGCGGUACGGGGCGUAGUCCUCGAAUCCCAUUAUCUGCUGGAGUCAUAUGGCGUGCCGACCAGAACCAGGUUGACGCACGUCUCCAGAGUCGACCUCAGGGGGCGUGCUCCGGAGUGGUACAACAAAGCAUAUGGGCACCUGUGCGCCAACGAAGCGCAGAGGAUCCGAGCUUCGUUCCUUACAGCAGAACCUGGCCAAUAGGUCCUCUGCGCUGAGCUUCAUGGUACUAGAACACGUCCACGUACUGUAGCACUGAGAAAAACGAAGGUUUUACAGAAUUAGUUUUUUUUUCAAGUACUAAACUCCUCUUGUCGUCAUUGUUGUCAUCACAUGACAUGAACUUUCUGGACUUACAUCAACCCGAAAAGGUAACGAUGUGAAAAAGAAGGUUCCACAUUUCAUUGCAGUCAUGUCUAAGACAUGCGAUCGUUGCACAGCUUCUGAGAAGCAUGGUGUAUGUACAGUUUGUGCGUGAGAACAUGUGUUUGUGAGAGAAUGAGAAUGUGUGUCUGUGUGUGAGAGUGUGUGUGUAAGUAUACAGUAUAUGUUUGUGAGUUGGGGUUUCUACGUGAAAGUGUGUGUGUAACUCAAGUGUGCGUGUUGUAAAUAAUAGCUUUUCAGGGUGUUGCUAUCAUAUUGAUAUGCUAACAAUAAGGAGCAAUAAGAAACAAAUGCUUUAGUAUCUUUAGUGCUGCUGGAAGAGCCUGUAUCACCAUGGCGAUGCUAUGAUACACUAAACGGUGCCACAUAGAACACAGAAUUGCUGUUUUUCAAUAAAGUCAUGCCAAAAAAAUCAAUUUCUUUGUGUGUUUGUAGGGGUUUAUUUUCAAGUAUUACAGUCAAUUUUCCAGGGAAAGUUUGUCGUCUUUGUGAUGCUGCAUAACAACAUUUCCUGCCAAAAGAUCACAUAUAUAACAUUGAAAUUGCACACUGCCAAUGUAUAUAAUAUGAGGUCCUUCCUCUGGAAAUGUAGCUCAUGAAGUUCAACGUUCUUCCACGUAGGGGCACUGUUAUCUUGCUGUUAUCAUUCAAUUAGACUUUUAACGUCAGCAUCUAAUCAUCCAGCUAUUACCUACCUACCUACCUACCUACCUACCUACCUACCUACCUACCUACCUACCUACCUACCUACCUACCUACCUACCUACCUACCUACCUACCUACCUACCUACCUACCUACCUACCUACCUACCUACCUACCUACCUACCUACCUACCUACCUACCUUACCUUACCUACCUACCUACCCAACCACCCACCCCUCCAUCCAUCCAUCCAUCCAUCCAUCCAUCCAUCCAUCCAUCCAUCCAUCCAUCCAUCCAUCCAUCCAUCCAUCCAUCCAUCCAUCCAUCCAUCCAUCCAUCCAUCCAUCCAUCCACGUCUGUCUAUGCGUCUGUGCAAUCAUCUGACGUGUGUGUGAGGUUCCAGUCGCUCUCUGUCACUUCCAGUCAGAUGUCAACAUCCAGUCAAGUGCAUGUUGUCCUCUUCUGUUAGUUCCUGGAGCGCAUGGCCAUUCGGGCACCACAACCACUUCAAACAGACACUCUGAAAAACCCUGAGAGGACUUGCGCUCUUGAUGGACAGAUGGAUGAAAGAAGAGAGAGAAGAAAAAGAACAGCCAAUUCCAGCCAAUCAGCAGCCAGAGCCCGAGCAGAGACGCCUUGCAGAAAAAGCCUUUUGUGUUACCCAAGACAAAGAUUCACAAGCCUUUGUGUCAUGACAAAGUGACACGCGCACUUAUCCCACUCACUGGUAAAUUGAUCUGGCUGCUGGCAGAUGUGACUUUCUGGAAGAAGGCAUACACUUGUGUCAACCAUGUUCAAAAUAAAGGCUGCACUAGUAUAAAGCAUGAGUUGAAAGACACUGUGGCCUUACUUCUAAUUUCUUUUGGAAGAUUUUUCUAAUCAUUUAUGAGUGUGAGCAUGUGUACAUGAAAACAUAAAUAUAAACAAACACACACAGUCAUCAGUUGAAAACUGGUGAGUGUAUGCAUAGGAUAAUGUAUAAAAUGAAAGUUGUGUACUACGUAAUAUUUAAUUUAAUGAUUAAAAUGUUUUUUUGUUGGGUGUUUGGUGAUUCACACAUUAAAAUAAUCUAAUUGAUCAAUCAAGUGGUUGCCCUGC